AUGAAGGGCUUCCUCGGCCUCACCCUGUUGCCGUUGCUGACAGCGGCCAACCCCAUCGGCGUUGGCUCCAUUCACAAUGAAGCAGCCCCUAUUCUCUCUGCUGCAAAUGCUAAGGAGGUUCCCGACUCCUAUAUCGUCGUUUUCAAGAAGCAUGUCAAGGAUGAUGCCGCCACGGCUCAUCACAUGUGGGUGCAGGACAUCCACGACUCUCAGUUCGCCCGCACCGAGCUGAAGAAGCGGUCGCUCCUUGGCUUGGGUGACGAGAUGUACCUCGGCCUCAAGAACACUUUCAAUAUCGCUGGAUCGUUGAUGGGUUAUUCGGGUCACUUCCACGAAGACGUGAUCGAGCAGGUCCGGAGACAUCCUGAUGUCGAAUACAUCGAGAAGGACUCCGAAGUCCACACCAUGGAGGAGGUCACCGAGAAGAACGCCCCUUGGGGUCUGGCUCGUAUCUCGCACCGUGACAGCCUCUCCUUCGGUACCUUCAACAAGUACCUCUAUGCCUCCGAAGGCGGUGAGGGUGUUGACGCUUACACUAUUGAUACUGGUAUCAACAUCGACCAUGUCGACUUUGAAGGUCGUGCCACCUGGGGCAAGACUAUCCCCAGCAAUGAUGAGGAUGCCGAUGGUAACGGCCACGGCACUCACUGCUCCGGAACCAUCGCUGGCAAGAAGUAUGGUGUCGCCAAGAAGGCCAACCUCUAUGCCGUCAAGGUUCUCCGCUCCAGUGGCUCUGGCACGAUGUCCGAUGUCGUUCAGGGUGUCGAGUGGGCCGUGCAGUCGCACCUUAAGAAGGCCAAAGAUGCUAAGGACGGCAAGGUGAAGGGAUUCAAGGGCAGUGUUGCCAACAUGAGUCUCGGUGGUGGCAAGUCCAAGACCCUCGAGGAUGCUGUCAACGCAGGCGUGGAAGCCGGUCUUCACUUCGCCGUUGCCGCUGGAAAUGACAACGCUGACGCUUGCGAUUACUCCCCGGCCGCUGCUGAGAAUGCCGUGACCGUGGGUGCCUCCACCCUGGCGGAUGAGCGUGCGUACUUCUCCAACUACGGCAAGUGCACCGACAUCUUCGCCCCUGGUCUUAACAUCCAGUCCACCUGGAUUGGAAGCAAGCAUGCCGUCAACACCAUUUCGGGCACUUCGAUGGCCUCUCCUCACAUUGCUGGCUUGUUGGCCUACUUCGUGUCUCUCCAGCCUUCGCAGGACUCUGCCUUUGCUGUGUCUGAGCUUACUCCCGCCAAGCUCAAGAAGAAUAUCAUCUCUAUUGCCACCCAGGGUGCUCUGUCUGACAUCCCCGCCGAUACCCCCAACCUCCUUGCCUGGAACGGUGGUGGCUCUGGCAACUACUCUGAGAUCAUCGCCAACGGUGGCUACAAGGCCGGCUCCGACUCCAUCAAGAACCGCUUCGACGGCCUGGUGGACAAGGCUGAGAAGCUGCUUUCUGAGGAGCUCGGCGCUAUCUACAGCGAGAUCCAGGAUGCUGUUGUUGCAUAG